UCCCUCUCGCACCCUCGUACCCAUCGCCCGCUCGGCACAAUUACUGAUGUAUAACCAGUGUUGUGUUUCGGCACUUCUCCCUCUUCCCUCCUCCCCCGGGAGCAUUUUGAAGGGAAUCCAAGCAUUAUGUCAUUUUACUCGUGAACAUUCUGCUUGAAUAGCUACAAGACAAAGUCUUGAAAAACAAUUACUAUUUUCUCACCUAAAAUAUUAACAGUAGUCCUUAAUAUUAAACAUCCAGUCAGUGUUCAGAUUUCCUCCAUUAUCUCAUACAUGUUUUAAAAUGUUAGUUAUUGAAUUAGGAUCAAAAUAAAGUUCGUACAUUGUAUUGGUUAUGCUUUUUAUUUUCAUCUUUUGAGAUUUUCCCUGGCUCUCUUGUUUUUUCCUUGCAAUGUAUUUAUUGAAGAAACAAGGUUGAGUGUGUCAGAAUGAGAGAAGAGGGCCAAAGAUACCCUGAGGAACAUCAAAGACCUAGACUGCCUUUGAGGAACUUAUAGAACUUAAACAUCCCUGCGUGAAAACACUACACCAUAAAGUAGUACUCAUACCUGAGAAGAAGUGUGGCAUAUUGGAAAAAGCACUGAGCUGGAAGUAAAGAGACUUGGAUCUAGUCUUAUCUCCUGUUAACUAGUGGUUUUCCUUUCUGAGUCUUUGUUUCCUCCUGUUAAAUGAGAUGGUUGAUCCUUUUAAUUCUGUGGUUCUCUAAGGCAAAAGAGCAAGUGUAAAGAAGCUCAUUCAAUUAUUUAAUAAUGAUUAUUGUGCACUUGGGCUAGGUGCUAGGGAUACACCCAAAAUAGUUGUAGUUCCUGCCUUUCUGGAGCAUAUAAUGAUGAGAAUCAUUAAGAAUUGGUAGGAAUUCAACAGGUAGAGAGGAAGAGAUGGAGAAACAGAAUGGGCAGAAGUACAGGUAGAAAAGUUGUAGAUGUGUUUCAGGGUAUAACGGCUAGAUUACCUAGCUGGGACGAAAGGUUGCAUAGAGGAAUAAAGAGGUAAGGAAAGGGAAUUAACAUUUGGUGGAAACCUACCGUGUGUCAUGCUGUGAUUUUAAUUCAUUUAACCACCGCCUAUGAGAUAGAUGUUAUCUUCAUUUUAUAAAUGAAGAAAUUAAAACUCAGGUGAAGUAAUUUGCCUAAAUCAUCCACCAAAUUAAGUGGCAUUUAAUCAGGAUUUAAAGCCAGAUUUUUAAGACUGUAUUUUUUUUCAUUAUGCCAUUAUGAGUACUUCGUGCGCGUGUUGCCAGUUGUUUUAUAUGCAUGCUUGUCAUAUUUAUGACUCCUUUUUCUCUGCAGGGAAUGGACAGAUUACCGGCAUUGUCCAGCUGCCAGGUGGAAGAUUUCAGAUGGGAACAAAUUCUCCAGAUGGCAGAGAUGGUGAAGGGCCUGUCCGGGAGGUGACAGUAAAACCCUUUGCCAUUGACAUAUUUCCUGUCACCAACAAAGACUUCAGGGAGUUUGUCAGGGCAAACAAGUACCGGACAGAGGCUGAGUCGUUUGGGUGGAGCUUUGUCUUUGAGGACUUCGUCUCAGAUGAGCUCAGAAAAAAAGCAACCCAUCAAAUGAAGUCUCUCCUCUGGUGGCUUCCCGUGGAAAAAGCAUUUUGGAGGCAGCCUGCAGGUCCCGGCUCCGGCAUCCGAGAGAAACUGGAGCUCCCGGUGUUACACGUGAGCUGGAACGAUGCCCGUACCUACUGUGCUUGGCGGGGGAAACGGCUGCCCACUGAGGAGGAGUGGGAGUUUGCUGCCCGAGGGGGCCUGAAGGGUCAGGUUUACCCCUGGGGGAACCAGUUCCAGCCAAACCGCACCAACCUGUGGCAGGGGAAGUUUCCCAAAGGUGACAGGGCCGAGGAUGGCUUCCAUGGGGUCUCCCCAGUGAACGCUUUCCCCCCACAGAAUAACUACGGGCUCUACGACCUCAUGGGCAACGUGUGGGAAUGGACAGCAUCACCGUACCACCCUGCCAACCAGGACAUGCGUGUCCUUCGGGGGGCAUCGUGGAUCGACACGGCCGAUGGCUCUGCCAAUCACCGCGCCCGGGUCACUACCAGAAUGGGCAACACCCCAGAUUCCGCCUCAGACAACCUAGGCUUCCGCUGUGCUUCCAGUGCAGGCCACCUGCAUGGGGAGCUGUGAGCAGUCUUGCAGACAAGGAGAAAAGUUCCCUAUGGGGCCUGUGCCAAUCCAGCUAGUCUCAACAGAGGACUCUUCAGCUUCAACCUCAGGAACAGUCUCCUUCCCCUCCCCCAUCCCACCGUGGCAGGGGCCUCUCACCAGGCAGGAGGGGACCCUGAUCCUGAAGAGGCCCAACUCAGUGAUGGUGGCUGGGAGCCGGGUGUUUCUCUUAGAUGUAUUAACCAGUUGGGCCAGAUACUCAAACAGGUGGAGCCAAGUGCUUUGAAAGGUACUUAAAACAUUUUAAAAUUUGUUUCCUCCCCUUUCCCUCAUUGUCUGAUUCAGGGGAUCUGACAGUGUUUCCUCAAGGACAAACUUCCUUUGUUUUCCCAGCAAAUGGCUUUAGGAGGAAAAUGCUUCCUUCCUUUGUCUUAUCCCUCGUGUUUCAUGCCCAGUAAAACACAAUGUCCACCUGAAGAAGGUGGAUGCUGAGAAGCAUGUGGGCGUCAUGAAGUCAGUAACACUUCAGAAAGACACAUACCAGAAGCUCCCCUUCCAUUAUUGAUCGUCUGAGGGGUGUGAGGGUUUCCAUGGCCUCCGAAGCCAUGUGCUUGGAGAGUAACCUGCUCCCCUGGUGUCACUGAACAUGGCGAGGUCAGUAAAUGGCGCUGAUUGUGUGUCUCGGACUUUUCUUUGUCUUUUAUCUUCCCCCUGGGACCCCAAGGGCAGAAGCCCUCCGAAAAGAAACAGUGGCCUAGCUGGGAAGUGGAGAAGCGGGCAGCCCCUCCCCACCGCCGGGCCUGGCCCAGCCUGUGUCUCUGUGCUGGGAGUAGCCUGUUACUCGGUGCGGAGGCUCUGAGGGGACAGCACCCCAACUUAAGGGGCUCCUGUCCAGGGGUACCUCCCCACGGAGCCCUGCAAGCGCUCAGUCCU